UCAUGUCAGCACCAUGUCUGUAAUGUAAGAAAGCUCUCAAUUAACGUUAAUGAACAAUCACUAAAGCUCUAUUCAAAUACUUCUGUGGACUGUUAAAGAUAAACAUCUCGAAUUCCGAGAAAUUAUCACUCCUUCUUUAUUUGUAGUGUAUUGUUAAACCUAACUGACGUAAACACGUAAUGAGUUUCCGGGAAAUUCCCAUCAUCAAACCGUUCUCGCGAAGUGCCACGAUGAAAAACGUAGUUAUGGCUUGCGAUAUUCAAGGAAUACGUCUCACAGACGACCAUACACUGGAAACUGCUUCUGAAGUGAUGUCCCAGUUGGAGUUUGAUAGACGAUUACCGAAUGGACGAGAUUCCUAUCUUCAAGUACUUAAAAAGCUUGACUUCCGCAGCGAACAAGAUGGCGGAGAGUGGAACAAACUAGAAGUUUUCCAAGGACAGUGUCUGAUACUGGGCGAUGCCAGAGUUGGCAAAACAAGUUUGAAGAAAUCUCUCACAGGAGUGCCGUUUGAUGCAGAUGAGCCAGGAACUACAGGGGUAGAGAUGGCUUUAGUUGACCGGAAGUGGAGACCGCUUCAUGCCGACAAUGGCCUCAAAUUUGGAAACUUUGAAAGAUUCUGGAAAUCAGUUGUCUACAAGACUGUCAUGUUUGGUCCUGCUGGAGUCCAUAUGAUCAUAGAUAAAACAGUGGCGACAACAUUUCCUUCGCUGUUGUCGUUGUCGCGGUUAGUUUGGAUGAUUUCCAUUGUGUGGCUACUAGCUUUCAGCGCUAUGUCUUUCAGUUAUUGUGUAUUUUCAGCCGCUAUAAUUUCAAUGGACUGUGCUCUGCAAGUUUUCCUAUCUGAGCGCCCUGAAGCUCUUACAUUUGCUCUGUCACUAUCCAACCUUCCUCGAGCUCUCAUAGGAAUAAUAACUAUGUAUUUACUAGCUGGAAUUAUCGGAGGAAUCGAUUGCCAAGAAUUAGACUCUUCCCCAGUUUUUGUCACAAGCCCAUUUAGUGCCAACCAAUUUAUUUGGGCACUCCAUCUUACCAUUGUUGCCGUAAUGAUCUUCCGUAUUUCGAAUUAUUUGUCGUGCCUCAUAAUGAAGUAUUUUGAGAGCCAUACUGCGCGCAUAGCGGACAAGUCACCGCUUCCGGGUCAGACGAAAUUCAACACAGCACCUCAGCUUGCAGCGCUGCUCUUGCUAAUAAUUCCCGUGAUGAGUGGUUUAGCAAUAGGAGCUAUUAGUUGGUUACAGUUACAUGCAUUGGCCAACACGACAACCCUUCACUACUGUCAAGUUCUUCAUUCUACUCUAAUUCCUACAGCUUGUCUGGUGAUUUUAAGAGUUGCUCUCGCACUGAUUCUCAAAGUAAAAUUAGAAAGCAUCACUUCGAUAAUAAUCUUUUACAUAAUAACUGGUAACAUUUAUGCUCAAUGUACUCACUUUUGUUCUGUGGGAACUUACUUGACAAUUUUCGUGGGAAUUGCCUGUUACAUUUUAUACAACGACUGGAAUACUAUCUUUUUCCUUUUCAGUGGUAAUGAAGAUUCACGGGUCAAGUACGCUAGUUUUACUUUUGUCAUUUUUGAAAAGGUAGUAUUGAACUUUAAAAAAUUGAGAAAAGCUCUUCAAUCCAUGUUUUCAAGUCUUAAACUGAGAGUUCUUGACUUCUCUGGAGAUGAAGAGUAUUAUGCUUAUCAUCAUAUCUUUAUGAGAGACAAUGCCAUCUACCUUGUGGUCUUCAACAUGGCAAACUUUGCAAAUGACCAUUUUGGAAACAUGGCAGCAAAAGUCAAAAGACUUCAAUUCUGGUUGGAGUCCAUCUGUAGCAAGGCCUCAGCAAAGACACCGAUCUUCCUUGUUGGAACACACCGUGGCAAUAUGGAAAAAUCUUGCUUCAAGAAGAUUAAUAAACAUCUGAGGAAGAAUCUGUGGAAUUCCUUUAGUGACGAGUUAGUGCUGAAUAAGGAAGAAGAUCUUUUGUAUUACCCUGUGGAAAACACUUCUGGAAACAAUGAUACUGGGAUUCAAAAUCUUCAAAGACAAAUAAUUGCCGAGGCAGAGAAAUGUAAGAUGACUAUUGGCCGUAAAAUUCCAUUUUCGUGGAUAAAAAUUCAAGAUGCAAUCAUUAACCUAAGACAAAGCAAGAAUGCAGAAUUCUGCAUAAAAUUAGCACAAUUUCCAAAGGUAGUGGCUACAGUGUGCAACUUUUUUUGCAGCAACUGGUCCAAAGAAACUUUAAAGUACUUUCAUGAGAAAGGUCUUGUUGUCUACAUUGACCAUGCUGAAUUGUCAGAAUGGGUUUUAUUGAAACCACAGAUACUAACUAACAUUAUUAGUCAGUUGGUGACACCACUGAAAAAGGAGGCAGGAACAGAGCAGCGAGGCUUCAGGCAGGAUUCCAAAUUACUUCAUGAUACAGGAAUGCUCACUGAACCUCUCCUAAAGCAUGUUCUUUCCAGAUGCAAAGAAAAUGAAGUGGUAAUGAAGAGUUUCCUUGAAGAAUAUGACAUCAUUUGCCCAUUAUUUCACAACAGGGAAAACAACAACAUGGCUGAAACAGUCACACAUUUUGUCCCUUCACUGUUACCAUUAUCAGAUGUAAACACACCUGUGUGGCAGGAUUCUCCAAAAGACAAAGUUUUUUAUGCAGUCUUCAAACGAUUUCUCCCACAAGCCCUUUUCCAACACCUAUUGUCACGUGCACACAGGAGCAGUAAAGUAGAAUUUCCUGAGGGGGAACCCCUAAUUUGUAAAAAUGUUGGCAGAUUUUGGUGGCGGCCAUGUACAGCCUACAGGCUCUCACAUCUGAAGGAAUUCCACAUGAUUGAGGUGACAUUUACUUACAGAGAAGAUCAAGAAAUCAAGCCAUCAGUUGCACUGAGUCAGGUGUACACUAUGAUUGAAGAUAUCUGUAAGAGGCACUUUCCACAUGUCAAGUUUCACUGUGGUCCCGCCUGUCCGUCAGGCAAAUGUCCUAAGCUCCAAGAAGACUACAUCAAACAUCCAGGUGUUCAGAGGUCACAUUACCGGCGUCAUGUGUUUAAUGUAAUGCCUGCCCGUAAGGAUCAAUCUACUUCUUCUUUCUAUUGUGUUAACCAAAACUUUGAAGAAGAUUUAACAGAAUGGGAAGUAUAGAGAUUUUAUACUUUUCAAUGACAGUAGCAAUGUUUGUGACCAUAAGGCAUCAAAGCUUCAAAUUCUAUUCUCUAAAUAUUUUCUAUGUACCAAAAGAGGAUUCUAUUUUCCUGACUCAGAAUACCAAUUAAAGCACUGCAAAUACACAAUGAUUGCAAUGCAAAUUCAGCACUUGAUGUUGUGUAUAGUCACCUUAUUAUUAUUUUUUUUUGUAUAUACUUGAUUAGGAAAUUUCUUACCAUAAGAUAAUUGAAGUUCUGAUAUGUCUGCAUUUAUACCUGUUCAGUGGCUCAAAGGUCUUACAAUAGAAACAAGUGUGUCCAUGUGCAUAUGAAGUAAUUGUGCAUAACAUGCUAAAUGAAAACUGUAAAAAAAUUUAAACUAGCCUUGGAAGUUGCAAAGUUGCAAAGUAACCCCCAAGUAACUAGCAGCUCUUAAUAACCCAAAAGGAUGAACUAGACUAACAUUUAACCAAGCACUUACAGUUAAAAACAGUUAGGCUCAGGAAAAUAAUUGUUAAAAUGAAAAUUGUAACCCACAUCAUACAAGAAGCAAUUCAAAUUUCAAUCUUGUACAAAAAAUUCUCCAUGGCUAAUUGUCAGUUUUACUUGUCUUACAAUCUUACGAUGUAAUUGUUAAAGAUAUUAAAGGAAAAAUUGAAAAUUGCGAAUCAACUACUGUACACAUGUAAGACUUUAUUCUUUCUAUCUGGAAUCAAACAUAGAAUAAAAUUCUCAAACAUGAUUAGUUAUCACAA